UUGUUAAGACGUACCAACGUGUGUUUAACGGCUGUAUUGCUCAGUACGCAUGUCACCACUGGAUCAUCAUGGCUACUCCUGUGGAUUUAGAACUUAAAAAGGCCUUCACAGAACUUCAAGCCAAAGUGAUUGACACGCAGCAGAAAGUAAAACUUGCUGAUUUACAAAUUGAGCAGCUCAGUAGAACAAAGAAACAUGCUCAGCUGACCAACCUUGAAAUUAUGCACUUGUCUGAUACAACCCCUGUAUAUGAAGGUGUGGGAAGAAUGUUUGUCCUUCAGAGCAAAGAAAAUAUUCACACCCAUCUAUUAAACAAGCAGAAAAUAGCUGAUAAGAAAAUUGUAGAGCUGGAGCAGAAAAAAUCGUAUUUGGAGCGCAGUGUAAAAGAUGCAGAAGACAACAUAAGAGAAAUGUUGAUGGCCCGAAGAGCACAAUAAUCAACUUGUCUGUUUAAUUUCUGAAUUAAAUGUUUUUAUUCCACUAUCCGAUAUAUAAUUAAUUUUCCUAAAAAUUUAAUACAGUUACGUUUACUGCAGUCACCUAGUAACCAGAAGAGCUUGAAUUUAUUUAUUGGUGCAACUACUUUUUUUUUACUCUGGCUGACUUAUUUUUUUUUUAUUUUUUUUUUUGUGUGUAUUUGUUUAGAUUAUAGCACCUCUGCAUCAUCGUGACAAGAUAAUACAGAGGCUGUUUCCCUGUUAGUACUUAAAAUACAUGUUAAGUCCCUGGCCAUCUUGCAUGUUUGAUGGCAGACACAGUGUGCUUGUGCAUUAACUGGCACGCCCUCAGAUGAUGAAUGGCAUUUGCAUCAAUUGGCAUACUCUUUAUAAGGAAUGCUUGUGGGGGGACUGUUGAUAACCAGCUUUCCCUUUGCUCCCUAUUAUAACAGGCGAGUGCAUUGGGUGAAUACUGUUUGAUACCUGGUGUAACUUAGAGAAAGGUUCAUCUUAUAAACUGUGUUCCUUACACAA